AUAAAGAAAAGCAGAAAAGAGUCAUUCAAUGGAAUCCAGAACCCAGGAGGAUUGCUUUUGUUUGAUAGCAGCUGAGACUAAGAGCCACAAUCCCAACAAGAAGACAAACCACAACCCCACCUAAACAAGAACCCAAAAUUUUAACCAAUUGAAAGUUUUAAUCUUUUUUAAGAAAUAAAGAAAACCCAUUAAAAUAAAAUCAUAAAAGUUAUAAACUUCAUCACAAAUUGUAGAGAAUCAGAACCAAAAUGGAUCCUCUCCACUAGCUCAGAAAUCAGUGCCUCUCCUCCUCCUCCUCCUCACCUUCUCUAUUGUGCUUGAGCUUAACCACUGUUCACAUUAUCAUUUCUCUCAUUCAUUCUAUCAAAUUCACUUUGUUUCUCUAUUAAUCAUGCCAGUUUUUACAGAGAGCAGCAGCUCAGCAGGAGUAGCAGAGCAGAAGAGGCUGAGAAGACUCAACACCAGAAUCCAAGUCAGCCUUCGAGAUGCCAUUUCAACAGAAUCAACAACAACCGCAGAUCCAGAACCACAAAUCUCUUCAAUUAUCCAAUCCGCUCGUUGCAAAUCCACCAUUUUCUCUCUCUUCCUCUCCUCCUCCAGCCCUCCCAAGAAGAAGAGCAGCACUUUCAGGGGACUUGGGUGCACUGCGGGGGCAUCCCAGCAAGUGUCGGUGCCGGCAGCGAUACGGAAGUCGGCGGUUUGGGAGGAGAAGAAGGUCAAGAAAAAGAAGAAGAAGAAGAGCCCUCCCGAACAGAAGCAGAAGAAGAAUAUCAAUAAUGAAGAAAGUAAAGCUUUGAACUUCGAGAGAGACAGAGAGAGCUGUGUGGUUUUUCCAGAUGUGUGGUGUGGACCGGGAAUUGGAUUCUCUGCAGACGCUGUUGGGUCUGUGGAUUGUGUUGUUGCUAGAAGAAAUAAUGUCUCCGGGAGAGGAAAGAUUGAUAAUCAGAGGGAGAGGGAGAGGGAGAGGGAGAGGGCGAGGGAGAGAGAUAGAGAUAGAGAUAGAGAGAGGGAGCGUCCUCCUUUCUUUGCAAGAAGAACUGUGAACCCUGAUACCCUUCCUUUUCUGGAUUCUGAUACUUCGUUUGUGACAUCUCAUCCUGAGCCUGAAGUAUUUGGAAGUAGGUACUAUCCACAUGUUCAGCAUCCGUCCCCAGAUGCUAUUGCAGAGAUUAUGAUGCUUCAAAACAGUUUGCUGAUGGGGGGGAGAAUAGAUCAACAUGAUCGAUUUAGAGACUGGAGACUCGAUGUUGAUGACAUGUCCUACGAGGAACUGCUCGAGCUUGGUGAGAGGAUUGGCUAUGUGAGUACUGGAUUGAAAGCCAAUGAGAUAGGCCGUUGUCUCAUGAAGAUCAAACAGCCGAUUUCUUCUGACCUAUCAUUGCAUUUAACUGCAGUAGUAGAGAAGAAGUGCAGCAUUUGUCAAGAGGAAUAUGAAGCAAGUGAUGAGCUGGGGAAGCUGCAUUGUGGACAUACUUUUCACAUAGAAUGUAUAAGGCAGUGGCUUGGGCAAAAAAAUGCUUGCCCCGUAUGCAAAACUGCAGCAGUGACUCGAGGCUAGACCAGCGCAGUGCAGGUGGUUCCCGCUCAUUACUUGGUGUAUGGAUUUCAAAACCAAUACUAUAAGCAGGAAAGGAAAGGUAAUCAUUCUUUUGUGUGAAGUUAAUUUCAACACAAUGGGCUGUUUUAGUUAUUCUGAAGUUGAAAGUUAUGAUUGUGAAACUGGUCAAAAAUCACAACAGAAAUUUGUUAUUUUUCUUGAAUGUAACCUCCCUCUCCCUCUCCCUCUCCCU